GCGGCUCGGGGCGGCUGGCGAGGCCGCGGCCCAGCGCUGGGCUCAGGGCCGCCCGGUGCGGAGCGUCCGAACGCCUGGGCCCCGGAGGCCCGCGCCGCGCUGGAGACCGCGAUCUCCAAGGACGUCUCCGUCCCGACCUUGCCGAGGCCGCUUCUCCGAGCCCGGCGGGGCCACUUCGUAGGAACCGUCGCCCCCUAAAUCAAGGGACCGACGCUACUGGCUGGAGGUUGCUGGGGACCUUCAUCAGCUCCCCACAGAGACUUCCUUCCGUGAGCUCCCUCGGGGAGCAGUUUAAGACUCCCCAGAUCCGGGCGGACCCAAGGAACCUUGGCCACCUUCCUUCCCUCUUUGAUGGAGCACCUCCUCCCCAGUUUCUGGGGCACCUUGGGGCGUGGCCUCGGUGAGUAAAACUUGGGGUGCUGCCUGCUGGGAAGGAAAUCCGAAAACACAGAGGCUACUGUAGGGGUGAGCCAGGCCUGGUGAGACCCUGGGACUUGCAGUCUUGUGGGUGGUGGUGUGCCCUUCUCUACCGCGAACUGAAAAGGAGCCAGGCCACACUGGAGGCUGGUGACCGUUGGGGGAAUUGGGGAGUCCCUUCCGAGUGCAGAGGAGCCGGUAUCGCCAGCAGAUACCUGUUCUGGACCUGAGCAGAUUCUGGCUUCUGAAGAGGCCUGAGAAGAGCCCGAAAGUGGCCCCGGGAUUGGGGGAGCUCGCGGCACAUCCCAGCCAUGUUCCUGCGCCGGCUUGGUGGCUGGCUACCUCGCCCUUGGGGCCGCCGGAAACCGGCGCGGUCUGACCCGCCUGCCCCAGAAGCCAGAUGGGCGGAGAGCUCCCCUGAGAAUUCAGGGAGUGACUGGGACAGUGCCCCCGAAACCAUGGGAGACGUGGGGCCUCCCAAGACCAAGGACUCGGGGACACUGAGGAGCUCCAGGGCUGCUGCAGAGCUGCGCAGGGAGCCCCAAGUUGAGCACUCGGGGAGCAAAAGAAUGGAUUCCCGCAAGUGGGACACGUCUGCCGCCGGCACUCAAGAGUCUGGGAGACUGGAAGCCGGAGGAGCCAUUCCAACACUGGGACGGGCUCCUGCGGACGCGGGGGGCACCCUGAGCCCCAGGGCCUCCCUCGAAGAGGGACUGGGCGCCCCUGGGCCUGAAGCCCCGGUGGAGAGACCCGGCCGGCGCCAGAAGCUGCUGGGCUGGCUGCGAGGGGACCCGGGGGCUCCCCCACGGUACCCAGGGGACCCCGAGGAGUGCCUGCAGAUUUCCACCAACCUGACGCUGCACCUGCUGGAGCUGCUGGCCUCAAGCCUGCUGGCACUGUGCUCCCGGCCGCUGCGCGCAGCCUUGGAUGCACUGGGCCUUCGAGGACCCCUGGGGCUCUGGUUGCACGGGCUGCUGUCCUUCCUGGCCGCCCUGCACGGGCUCCACGCCGUGCUGAGCCUGCUUACCGCCCACCCGCUGCAUUUCGCCGGCCUCUUUGGCCUCCUGCAGGCUCUGGUGCUGGCUGUCAGCCUCCGGGAGCCCCGUGGGGAUAGAGCCGCCACUGACUGGGAAGGCCAGGGCUUGGGGAGGGAGGGUGAGGAGCAGAGGGGAGAACCAGGGGAGGCGCUGGGGCUGUAGGGCGGGCUGCGGGCAGUGACGCUAGUGCAGCCUUUAGGAGGACAGCAGAGUCGUCCUAGGCCCAGGGACCUCAGGGAUGGGAAAGAAACCCCCGAGCCUGAGGGCACAGGGCCUCCUUCCUACACAGGGGAGAACAGAGCUGCUAGGGGUCUAUGUUUGUGGGUGGUGGGGCAUUGCCUUGGAUUCACCAGCUGUUGUUACUUUUUGCUUUUAUAUUCCUCUCACCUAUAGUUCCCCCCCACCUCUUUUUAAAAGCCCCCCCCCCAAAAAGGUGUGAUAGUGGAGAAUAGAGACCAGAGCAUCCUCUCUACCUUUCCAAACUCCCUGGGGGGAUCCUGGAACCUGAGCCAUCUAGGGAAGAGAAGGGGCUUCCCUAGAAGUGGGGGUGCUAGGCCGGUGGAUUAGAGGGUCUGGAAUGGGGCCACUGAGGACAAGAAGGCUGCAGGGAAGAUCUGGUGCUCACUGGAGCCAGAGGGAGUGGGACGGUGGGGGCAGUGUUGUUCAAGGCCAGCUUGGAAGAGCCAGCAGCCCAGGCAGGGAGAGGGGACGGAGCUUGGAGUCUCCACUCAGAGGCCAGGGAUUUGCUCACUCAGCAAUAAAUACCUGUGUCACACUAAAUCCUAAACACA